UCGGCGUUUUCUUCGUCUAAAGUGGAUGUAGACUGAUUUUACCGAGCGCUCCGUUGCCUGGGGUGGGCAUUUGGCGACGGGUAGCUCCAAACAUUAGUUUUCCAGUGCCAAGGAGGACGAUAUAAGGAAUCACAAUCAGAGGGUACAAUCAUUACAUUGUUGAAUUUUCAACAGAUACGCAUCAAGAAAUUCGUCUCAGAUUGACUGGAGUUAAAAACGUUUUCAUUUUGAGUAAAUUCAUGUAGUACGUAUUUCUUCCUUCGAGAAAUCGGCAUUAAAGCUAGCUGAUCCUUUAAAGAACCGUGUGACCCUUUUCAUCAUCUCGGCGUCUCAAAGACAUUUAAUUAAAUAAGGAAUCUUUGGUUCGCAACCAGUAACAAAUGAUAAAGAUAACAUACUAAAACUACUUCAAUAAAGUUAUCUUUUUUUGGAGGAGCUGUGCAUUUAAGAUCACCGAUUAACUGCAUAUGACAUUUAUCGCCCGCUAAAUACAGACCGGAGACGAGUCUGUGUUAAUCUGUUUCAACCUAGAUGGCUGGAAGUAAAUGAACAUUGACUCGCGGGAUACACACAGCAUCUGUGCAGAUUUUUAUUAGCAGUUUGGAGAUGCCAGUACCAAUAGCCAUUUGAUCAUUGAUUAAAAAGACAGUUUAAGCUACCAUCGGCUGAUGCGUAUGUUGCUGUAACUGCUGCUAAAACAUUUCGAAUGAACCAGGAACUGAAAACAAUUAUCCACGGCCCUUCAGAAAUGUUGUCGUCUGUAUUAAGAAAGAGGGGGAAACACUACUUUUAAUUGACUUCAUGAUAGGAGGAAAGAAAGCUUCUCCGAGUGUCGAUUUCCUUUUCAACAAUACAUUAACCGACUAGUGUCACGCUGCUUGUUCACACCAAGACGAAGCAGACACCACGGGGCCCCAGUCGGUCAGAACUCUUAAGCGUGCUCAUGAAUUUCGGAAUGAUAUUAAAUUCACAUCACGUGUGCUAAAAGAAAACACUUAUGAAAAUACGGCUUUCUGAGCGAUCCAUUUUGACGUUCAUGACCUUAAGAAAUGAAAAGUCUGCGUUUAUCAUGUCUGUGUGCUACGCCAUGGGUAUAUGCUUAUUUGUAAUAUUCUAAGCAAGACUGAACUUGCUGAAAAUCAGAUCCCAUUACCUUUACAUGUGACUGACAAGGGAAGCUGGGAAACAUCUUCAGACAUCGAAUCAAUCGUAAUCGGUAGCGAAGGAAGUUUAAAAACACUUCUCCCCCAGUUUGUUCUCGACUCCCUUAAACUUGACACUUACCCGUCUUGAACUUUGUGCAUUCCAUUACCGGAGUGAAGUAGAACGUGUCUUGAGACCUACCUGCCAACACCUUAAUCUGACACUUCAAUCGAAAUUAACAGGCAAGCACCGGUAAAAGCGGUCAAUCCAUGCACCAGAGACUGUCAUUUGUGUCACAUCCGAAAUGGACUCCUUUCCGUAAGCACAAAUGAUUCUCCGCCAUAUCUUGUUAUCUAGAGCAAUUUCGCAAAUCGAUCAGCGGAGACUUUCUCGAUAUAAGCACGGGUUAGCUGUACUACCUUGAACAAAACAUAAUCGCCGAAUGAUCUCGACCGAUGAGAAGUGACUGAUUUGGACAACAUCCCGGACAUUGCAUAGACAUCUCACUCGGACAUCUGAAGAUACUAGCACGACUAAUAUUACAUAGGAAUAGAUCGUUACAGAGAAAACAACGCAACUUCAAUACUUUAUGCUAUUUACCAUUUACCCAGUUUAAAAAUAUCAUUUUAUGAUAUCAUUUUGUAAGGAGUGUUUUCGUCUCCUCUAAAUAUAUCAAAUAAGAUUUUUAAUUCUUGAACAUGAUUUCCCCCUUUCCAACAAGAAAAGCUGAAAACUAAGACUGGCAUAUUUUUAUUUUUCAAUUCACUUGAUUUCACAGUUUGGCAUUUCUCCUUGAUCAUGUUGAUGUACUUCGCAUAGAAUGGCACACACAUUUUUUCUCCUCGAGCUGCAGUGAGCACGGACACAGGAAAUUAAACGACACGUUUGCUUUGAAAUUGUUAAUCACUUUCAAAUCGCAGAUGCAUCAAUCAAGGAUAGGGUAGAGCAGUUACUCCAGUCUUGGCGAAGACUUUUGACGAGCGCUAUUUGUAGACAUACACAUGCAUUGAAGCUGUAUGCAAACCGUGAUAUAGCUGGGGUGAUAGCAUAUCAGAAUGGAUGAGGUAAAGUUCACCCCUCCUACGGACUACGAAUCCUCAUCGGAAGCUCUUAAUUUGUUUGAUGUCGGUUUCUCCAAUGCAUCUGAAAACGACACGCUUCCACUCCCUAUCCCCUGUCAUCUACCAGAAGCCCCAAUCGCAGUUAAGGGCUUCAUUGGUCUCCUAACCACCAUUAUCGUCAUCCUUGGAGUUUUUGGAAAUGUCCUCGUUUGUCUGGUGGUCAUUCGGCGUCCAAAGAUGCGAACUGUCAUCAAUAUCUUUAUUUGCAAUCUCGCCAUCUCGGACUUGAUAUACGCCGUCUUGGGAUUUCCCAUGAACAUCACGGCGUACUUAAGCUUCGUAUGGGUACUUCCUAGUUUUUUGUGCAAAGUUUCAGUUUAUGUCCCAGCUGUUAUGAGUUUCGUGUCGACACUUACUUUAUCCGCCAUCGCUGUUGACCGCUUCUGUCUCGUGGUCUAUCCACUUCUCAAGCCUAUCAACAAGACAAGAUGUUACAUAGCUCUGGCUAUUAUCUGGUUGAUGAGCACAAGUCUUACUCUACCUAUUCCAAUCUUUACCGACAUUGCCGAUCUGAGUAUCUACUUCGGGCAAAAAUUUGUACUAUGUCAAGAAACGUGGCCAUGGGCCAUUCGCCAUGACCGAAAGCGGUACAGCACUGCUAUGUUUCUUAUCCAGUUCUUUUAUCCUCUGCUUCUGGUAUCAAUUGCUCAUACGUGUAUAUCUAUAAAGCUGAGUAGAAAUGUGCGACCGGGAAUGCGUGGCCGGGACAGUGAGGUUAGGGAAAAUCAUCGUCGGCAACGAAUGAAUCGCAUGUUAUCGGCAGUGGUCAUUGUUUUCGUGGUUUGCUGGUCGCCGCUAAACAUUUUUCUUCUCUUGCAUGAAUUUAAAGUAUCUAUACCAUGCUUAUGGAUGAUGAUCUCUCAAUUGAUCGCAGGAAGCAGCAUAAUCAUGAACCCCAUCCUUUACGCCUGGUUGAAUGAUAAUUUCCGGAAGGAAUUCCAUCGUCUGUUGCCUUUCCUCACUUGUUUAGAGGACCUUAUGCCUGCUGUAUCCAACAAGAGUACAACAGGAGCAGUGUCCGGGUCUAACAUCAAUGGGAACCUCAAGCGUAAGGAACGACCCACCGGAGCAACCUACCUCCAACCCACAGCGGCUGAGAGUACCGCUUCAGGAGCUACUCCUAUUCUCAACACCCGCAAACUUGCUGUAGAGGAUACAACCAUGUAAUGCCGCCAUUGCUUCUGUUUGUUUUGCUAGGAAAGGACUAGCCAUAGGAACAUGAUUGAACGACUUUUGUGGACGACUCUUCACGAGGGAAAAUGUCGAACGUUUCAUUGAUACAGUGUUGAUCUUUGUCACUGAAGUGACGAUGUCUCUUAAACGUAUUUCUUCCUCAAGCGGUGCAUGAAUUCACGAUGCAGCUGUGUCCUUCGCACCACCUAGCAUAGGACCUGGAAAAUGGAUACAAUACCAAACUUAAACAUACUGAUAUGUUCUUGUACGUUGAGCAUGAGGAAAAUAUGUCAAUCUGACUUAAUGGGCAUGAGACACUUCGUGGAAAUUAAAAUUAGCAACUGUUAACUUGGAAAUGUCGACAAUCGUCAAUGACAACGGAUAAUUAUACUCUUCUUUGUUUAAAAUGGCAUUGUUAAUCGCGUUCAAUUUCCGUAGACGAACAUCAACGAAAGAAACAAAAUUAAGAGUAACUGACCUAAAGCAUCUACGUAUUGAUUCAUGACGCGCUUAUCCUGCGAUAAUUUGUUGAACUCAACUGUAAUUGUUAUCAGACUUAUUUCUUUAGAUUUUAUUUUGUCUUUUAAAUUGCUUUCGUUUCUUCGUUUUUUAUUUCCAAAGAGACCCAUAUUGCCUUUAAGGAACUCGUCGCAGUGGAAAGGGAUGUGUUAUGUAUGCUAAGUUUCUCCGAUUCAUCAACUUAAUCAACUGCCAAUUUCAACCAUUUUACAUAUUUCGCUAUUGACUUAAAUGCCCUGUAUUUUGUAUACAAACUAUGAAAUAAUGUUUACUUCUAUGAACAUGUACGUCGCCAACGUGGUAAGUUAAACGACUUCACUAAAUGUCCUGUACAAUUCUUGCCAAUGAGUAUAUUUGUUUGCAGUGGGUAGAAAAAAAUACCUCAAAUAAUCCUAAACCAAUAAUUUGCUAAAUGAAGCUUUAUGCUAUCCCUUCAUUGUCGCUUUUUCAGCCAAUUAUCUUGAAUCGCCUUUAAAUUUAAUUUUGCACUCGAGUCUUACAUUCAGCAUUUUACGGAUAUACGUAGACAUUAUAUAGGUACGACAAAGUAAAAAUUUGUUCAAAGGUGAACAAAAUAGAUAGGCCUAGUGAGAACCAACAACGAACAUCGUUUUAUAACUAUAAGUAUUAUUCGCACUGUGUCUUACUCAUGUGUUAUUAUACAGUGAACUUUGUAAUAAUUUGUUUCAAAGUCUAUUGCAUGUAUCAUUGCUAUGACCUAUUUGUAUCAUACGGACAUUUUUUUUUAUGAAGCAAUGAUCUCCAAUAUAUUUUACAACCAACACCACGAUCUGAAGAAUAUUUUAGGGGCACAAUUACUACGUUUUCCAGAAUUGUAGAUUGGGUUGAUUAGAUAAUUGGGAAACUGGUAAAAAAAAGUAAAUUUAAAAUUAUAGCUACUUUUAAUGCAUCCAGUCUACAUUUCACAUUUUCUUCAUGGAAUUGUUGACUUGAACAUCACGGAUGCAAGAAUUCGUAUAUGUGUCGAAAUUCCUACUUUUCAAAUCAUGAUGGUAGGCAGACAUGCUUUUUAGGGCGGUGAAAUACAGACGAUACGUUGAUUUUUGGAGCGUUUUAUUAUCUUACAACUUUAGAGUAAAGGAUCAUGUGCAAUCUGUGGAAAUAGCAGUGUAAUCAUGCAAUUAAAAGUAUCUUAUUCAUUUAUUAGUAUUAUUACUAUUUCUAAAGUUUUUAUUUUUGUUAUUAUUAAAGUGACAUAAGACUACCGUUUCUAAUCUUACAAAAUAACACUUAAGUUUUCAUCGGUCUUUCAAAUACAGUUGGUGAUUAUUUCGCAAACUAUUGGAGUUUGGUAACUUUGACUGUACAUUCAGAAUUAGCUCAGAACGUCUGUAACAUACCAUUCUCCUUAUUUUUAUCAAGGCAAUUACAUACGUGUAAAGUGAUUCCAUUCUCGACCUAAAAGAAAGCCUAAUCUAAUAUCAGGGAAUCUGACAUUUUAAUUGUUUCCCUCACCCAUGCAUGUUUCAGAAUGCAGGAGAACAUAGGUUGAUAUACAAAAAAGUAUGGGAAUAGUGAUAAUCGCUUUGAAACGUUCCCUGGUUCACAGCAAUUCACAGAAAUCUUUAUUCGAUUUUCAGAUACAUGCAAUAAACACCGCUGUUCUGAAAACAGGAAGAAUUGUUGAUGGUUGGCACGCACGCUAACUGCAUCAGACACAGUAAAGAAAAAAAAGGAUGAAAUCAAGAAUGUAGCAUUUAUCCUUGCUUCAUGAUGUGUAUUUGUUUUUAUUAUAUGCUUGAAGAAACUUGAAACCAAAAUACAAAUUGUAUGACUAUCUUCUAAUUAUGUUUUGGGGUAUCUUUAUUCAUAAAGAAAUGUAAAGAGGAAUAUGAUAUGCAAUCAUUAAUGGAGAUUAAUUUUAACGCUGGAUGUGAACGAUUUGCGAAGGUUAUGAAUGUAGAAGAUAUACAAAGUUCAUCAUUUUAGGCUACCAAAGGUUUCAAAACGUGCGAAGACUCUCGGGAGCAUCACCAAUUGUUCCAUCUUAGUUCGAUAAAAUUCAGAACGAAAUUUUGCUCUUAAUUUCUUCGAAUGGUUUUCCAAUAAUAAAAGAACGUUUCCGAACCUCUGUUGGAGCUCGGUGAUUUUCCGAGUUAUUUUUUCUUCGAUAUUUGCAUCCUUUGCAAAACGUUCGUAUGCUCGUGGGGACUAGGCUUUACCUGCAUAUUUUAGCUGCAGUGGGUGUGAACCACCUGCGAAUUGCAUAUUUUUGUUUAAACGACAACUUUCAGCCACGUAUGAUCAUGAACAUGGGCGGAAAUCUGCCUCCCCAGGUAGGGGGGGACCAGGGGCUGGAAAAUUCGACAAGCAAAAAAACAAACAAACAAAAAACAACCUACAAUGUAAGGUCAAUAUAACCCCCCAAAAAUUGAUGACAAGCACAAAAAAGGGGGUUAUCACCCGAAAUGUCAGGUUGAUUUAACCAAAACAAAAUUGACAACCAAAAAAAAAAGAAAAAAAAAGGUAUUCACCCAAAAUGUAAGGUCAAAAUACGUGUAUUAUUUCAACUGUGAAUGAUGUAUUUUUCUCCAUCAUAAAAGGCCAAAAAUAGUAGGACAUUUGAUAUUGUGUCCCCCCUACUGUUUUUGAUAGGGGGGGGGGGACACGUCCCCCCUGUCCCCCUGGAAUUUCCGCCCAUAAUCAUGGAAAACUAACGGACUACUAUUCAAUACAUUUCAUGAAAGAUUAUGACAAUCAGGUUACACUGUAAUCGGUAUAUGUAAAUAAAUGAAUAUAUGAAAUAAAUCAAUAAGUACUCACUUUUAAAAUAUGAGUUUAACACAAUGCUUUUCUCAUAAUUUCACAGCGUUUACCGCAUUUAAUUUAGAAUUGGUUAUUUACACAAACUCAGAUAGUUUAUAAUGUUGUUGCUUUAGUCAGGUCCACGGACCGCGGUCACAUACAAACCCUCUAAAUUGGGUGAAUGAAAUAGCACUUGGUUUACUCCAAAUAUAAUUGUCUAUCUAAAGUGCGUGAUAUUUAAAUCAUUCCAGCGGAAAAGGAAAUAUAUACACAUACAUGUAUAUCAAGAUACGUGGUUGCCGACAAAAUUGUAGAAAGCUUUUUUUUUUAAUGAAAUGAUUAAUAACAUGUUGAAUUUCAAAAGAGAAUAUUUGUGCUAAUUGAUUUAUCUCAAUAAUCAAUUACGGUACAAAAAUGUUCGAAAUCGUUUCAGAACUAAUUAUGACGGCUUGGAAAUAAUAAUAGAAGCUGACUUCAUAGACAACCAAAGAACAAUAAACAACGAUUGAGGCUCCUCUCGUUUGUAAAUCUAAACAUUUCAUGGCGAGACGCUGUGGUUUCAUUUCUUGUAACAGGUACCGAAAUCGAUUUAUUUAAUCUGCAGUCAGUCAUCUUGUACACGAUGAAAAUACUGUUCUGCGUUUGCCUGAAAUUUAUAUUGCCUUUAGAAAGCUUGCCCUGGGUAAUUCCAAUAUGUCACAGUACACGAUGACCCUACCAAUUACUUUAACUAUUUUGUUACUCUUUAUGGCUUUUAUUUAUUAAUAUUAACCAGUCAUUAUCACAUACACAUGUAGAUUAGUUCAUAAAAAAAAAAUUAUAUUUCAACUUGAGCAUAUUAAAACACGAAUUUGAUAUCCUUAAUGGUUAUUGUAUUACACUAAAUUUGAUAUCCUUAAUGGUUAUUGUAUUACACUAAAUUUUAGUAGACUGUGUCAUUUUUAAUUGAAACUAUAAAAAACUGUAAUGUCCCAGUAUCAAUCUCCACUUGGCAUGGUUAUUGAAGCGGGCAUGCAUAUACAACGUCGGUUAUAUUUAUGCACCAACGUGAGCGGAGAGAAUAUUGGUAAGCUAUGAACGUUCCUCUCAGUGCGUAAUUUAGUUGCGAUUAUGUUAUUAUGCAUAAUUGGUAUGCCAUACAGAUAACAUGUAUAAUCGUUUAUUUAUUAUGGUAUUUCAACGAUACACCGAGGAUAAUCACUUUUCAAAAUGAUUAAAAUUUGUUGUGAAUACUAUUUUUUAUACAAAGGAAAUAUCAUCUAAGAAUAAUUGAUCGAUUGUCAUUAUGUGUUAUUAUAUGUUUUAAUUGGUAUUUUGUAUUGUGGUCAAUGUAAAUACUGAGAAUAUGAUAUUCGUUUAUGUUCAGUUUCUUGGUAUUCGAACAGAAGUUCGCUGUUGCAUAGACGCUUCGGUUAUCGUCUUAAACUAUUAUAAAUAACAUGCAUGUAUCUAUUAAAAGAAAUAAAGAGCGGGAGAAA